AUGAGACUUCUUAGCGACUUGUUCACACUCACCUUGAGUGUCCUAUCCGACAGCCCUGUGGCGGCAAAGAUCUCCGUGGCCCGAAAGGCGAUUCGAUCCGAUGCUAAGGUUCCACCUACCAUCAAGCCGCUCGAUCCAUUCCAGUUUUCUACAGCCUUCAGCAUAAAUGAAAACUUCACGGGUCUCCCUCAAUUCUGGUUGUACUGUAGCGACAUUCAACAGCCGAUGAGUACGGAGGAUAUCGACGACCUCGUCAAGGGAGACUUCUUGAAUAGCACAGUGAAUCUUGGCAUGGUCCCCAAUCGCACUGGAUGGUUAUGGGCACCACCAGAAGAUGGACCGAGGAGCCAGAUUUACAUCUGCAACUACAACCCGCAAUACUACUAUCCAAUCAGUGUUCAGACAUACAAAAUGGUCGGCAGGUGGCUGGACAAGCAGUGCGGCGAGGCAUUUGGAGGCUACGUGUACUUCGACCGUCCCUGGGACGUCGCGAUUGGUCGAGACUCAACAAACCCUGAUGGUAGUCCCAGAAACGAGUGUGACAAGGAAUGGCCAGCAGGUUCGGGUUGGUUGAUUAGCACCAGAGGUUCGGCCUUCAUGGUAUCUCACUAUGAUUGGUCUGGAUCAAAUUUCUAG